GCUGCUCUCCAAAACAAGCUGCUGCUUUCAAGUUGUUUCCGAUAAACUUGAAAAAUGGUGUUUGAUGGACUUUUCUGAGAGGUCAGAGUUGAGAAGAAAACAAGUGAAAGCACCCCCAAACUAAUGCGGCUGUUUUGUCUGACAGUUUUCUGUGUUCACCUGGCCCGAACACGCGCUUCCCCUCGCUGUCGCCUGUCACAGCUGAGCUGCCAGGAGAGUGUCCACCCAAGUCCUCCUUUCUGCAGAUGUUGAGACUUUACUUCCACUCUAAUGAAUGAAUGGGAUGAAACGUCCCACGCAGAACCUCGCCACUGCUGGCCCCACUACCUUUGCCAGCUGUCAAAUUGGAGAAGUAAUCCUUAGUGAAUUAGUUUAAAUGCAUGCAGUUGACUAUGGACUUCUGCUACCGCAGACCGCCCUGGGCCUAUGUGCCCCACACAAGACUGGUGAUGUUUGACAUCCACUGGGUGUUGUAGAUUGAGGAGCGCUGUCCCAAACUAGGAUCCCUGAGCUGAUGGUUGGGAGAUGAUCUCUGUAAAUGUCAGACUAUUGUAUGAGUGUAGCAGCUGACAGUGUCCAACAUGAAGUGUGCAAGUUUUUUCCAGAUGUGUCCAUGAUGAGGAGAAAAAGCAGGAGGAGGAGGAGGUCUACAGGAGCAGACAAUCCAUCCUUGUGUGAUGAAGAAGACCUGGACCAAGGACAGAGUGUUGUUUGUCAAAAUCCCAAGUCCACGUUCCUUAGAGAAGCUUGUAACUGAGUCCAACAGGCGUGAUGAGACAGCUGUAGUCAGCAGCAGUAGCAUCAGAACCUUCGUCUUAGUUUGGUGUGAAGGUUUGGACUUGAUCUGUGUUGAUUUGGAGGUGUAAAUGCAGAACCUGCAGGUGUGUCUCUUACUGAGUGUAAUGAGCUGCGGCCUUAAGAUGAGCCGUUCAGCUUUGUGUUUUCUGAGCCCUGAAGUGUUGAGAUGUGACCUGUUGGUGUCCUAUAGUGAGGUUUUAGCCUUUGUAAUGUGUAAGUAGAGAGUUGUGUUGUCCAUUUGUGUGAGCUGUCUGAUUGCUAAAGUGUCAAGUGUUGUGUUGUCCAUCUGUAUGAUCUGUUUGAGUGCUGAUGUGUGGAGCGUAGGAGGUUUCAGGUGUUAGCCUUUCACCAAGUGAAGUUGUGUGUGAGUGAGACACUGAGCGUUUGGCGGCCCUGAAGUGUCUCAGGUGUAUGUGUGUGUGUGAACUGGAAUUCCCUCUGUAGGACUAUUAAAGAAUAUGUUAUCUGUUGUGUAUGUGUGGACCUGUGCAGAGUGUGAGCAGGCCACAGGAGCUCCAGUUGGAGAUGUUGAGAGUUUGGUGCCUCACAUUUGCAGGACAAAGAGUUGCACCGCACACGAGUUAGCAUGCGCUACCAUGCGGCCUGUCAGCGGUCAACCUGUAACUGGAAUGAUUGAAGACGGAGCGGUGUAACCUGUGAGGUGUGUCCAGGUAAUAAGAUACGUGUUGUUAUUUUUUGAGUGGUACUUGAGCGGAUCCUUUGGAUUAACGUGGAGUGUUUGUUUGUGUGCUUGUCUUUUAGGUGGGAGGUGUAACUUAGCUGGAGUUUGAGAGGAAUGAGGCACAGAGAGCAGACACUGAAGGUGAGUGUUUGUUAGUUUAUUGUCAAUUGUAGGUGUUUGGAGUCCAAGUUCGAGCAGUUCCCACAGGACUUUGAUUGAGGGGAGAAGACAUGGUUCAAUGAGAUGAGCCACAUGUCCGCAGAAGACCAAGCAGGAGUAAUUGUUGUUCUCUCUUUUGUUCUUCCGGGUUGUUGGUGUGAAUGGAGUUGUUUGUUGGUCAUCCAGCAUGAAAGGAGGUACAACCAAGAGUUGGGGUUGAGUACGGAAGCAGCAAGCAGCACGGAAAGGCCACAGACAGACAGACAAGCAAGGUGCCGUAGAGGUUUCCCAUGAGUGGAGCUGCAGGAUCUGUGGCCUUCCCGGCGUCCUUCCCCAGGCAGACUUGCACAGGUCGACUUGCUCGUCUUUGCCCUGACAGUCUUCGCACAGACAGGCUGACGCACACGGGCUGACGCCCAAGGGUCAACUGUGUCCGCUCAUAUACUACCUCGUCCCACAUCUGCAGCCUACUCAGGUAACUACGCACAGCUGACACUCAUUACACAUCAAUGAUGCUAGUUACAGGAGUUGCCUCCCUUGAGCCCACCCAUCAAUAGUGGAACGUCACAGCAACAAACAUCGAGAGCCCACCACUUCACCAAGAGACUCUACCUUUAGCCUUUGCUGACAACAAACAGCUGAAUAUCAUUAGUCAUCAAGGCAGCGAGCUACGGAAGGUGUGACACACCUCCAUGUAGCCCACCCACCAAUCAAUGACCAUCAAUGUGAUGGUUUGUAAUUCUGUAAAAUCCAUCCAUCCGUCCGUCCGUCCGUCCGUAUGUAUGUAUGUAUGUAUGUAUGUAUGUAUGUAUGUAUGUAUGUAUGUAUGUAUGUAUGUAUGUAUGUAUGUAUGUAUGUAUGUAUGUAUGUAUGUAUGUAUGUAUGUAUGUAUGUAUGUAUGUUUGAUGAUCAACAGGAACCCAUGACUCUGCCCACAGACCCCACCAAUGACCUUGUAUGACAAGAAGUGGAACCCACCUACAUUAAGCCCAACCAUCAAUUGUUGAAAAAGUUACACCCAAUCAACAAAACCAACACAAACCCCAACUAUACCUUGUAGGCGUCGUUACCACAACAUUGUGUAUGUCUCACUGUAUCCGUGGUCUUCUGAAACGACCCUGAAAUAAAACACGUGACACAUCCUGUGAUGGUCUAUCUCUGACUCCCUCGUCUCUGUCUGCACUUCAUUACCCGUUUGUGUUGCACUAACCCUGUAUUACACAUGGGUUCCACACCCUGCGCAUGACCACACUUUGGACCUUGACUCCAUUGGUGGUCACACACACACACACACACACACAGUCACCCUGAGCACCAUCACUGACAUGAUCCAUGGAGAUGUUCUUCCAAAGAACAUCAUUGCUGUAGGGUGUGCCUGUUUACACAGUCCACAUGAAGCUGCUUCAGGGACACUACUGAAGGGAACAGUCAGGGAGGAAAGGGAGACAAUGAACAAAGCGCUGAGGCCAGAGUCACAGCAUCAAGAGUCUCAACACACAGACACACAGGCCCGAGUCAUAAACUACUACUGUUCCUGCUGUCAAGACACUCAUGAACUACAGACAACACCAUCAACAGUCUCUCACCUCCACAUACAAAGUCAUAUUUUCAGAAAACUAUCUUUCAAGCAGCAACCCAUCUCAACAUCAACAUCCCUGAAUGUGGAGGAAGAUCACAACCAACAGAGGACCAUGAUCCAAGGUGCUUGAGGUCCAGCAUCAAGUUUCCACAAUAAGCUGCUCAUAGUCUACUGUGUCUGAUCAACUCAAGAGAAGCUUCAUGGAGAUACAGGCUUCUUCAGGCAGGCAGGCAGGCAGGCAGGCAGGCAGACAGCCAGCCAGCCAGCCAGCCAGCCAGCCAGCCAGCCAACCAACCAACCAACCAACCAACCAACCAACCAACCACAGGCCCAACCAAAGCAGAUCCAAACACUGAUCACCUCCAACAUUUCUAUUUACAUUAUUGUUAGAUUAAGAUGUUUCCAUUUUCUCUUUACUGACAUGAGGAUAAGGAAAAUGAUGACGACAAUAAUAAUAAUAAUAAUAAUAACAAAUAAUUCUAAUGAACUUUAUUGAACUUUCUUUCAUUUACAUUCUUUUCAACAGGUACUUGAAGACCAACAGUCAACUCCUUUAAACAUACAUCAGUAACAGUUUCAUCCAUUUCAUUAAGGAAAACAACACUUUACAUACAUACAUACAUACAUACAUACAUACAUACAUACAUACAUACUUAACUUCCAUUUAACAUUGACAUCAUCAUCAUCAUCAUCAUCAUCAUCAUCAUCAUCAUCAUCAUCAGCCACAUACCUCCAUCACUAACACUCUCACACUGACUCCAGGAGCUCCCCACAGGAUACACCAGAUUCACCUCCUGUUUUCAGAGAACAGAGAAAAAAAACAGACUGUCAGACAACAGGUACUAUCACAGGGGGUCAGUGACAGAUCACCUUCACUCACAGUACUGUUACCUAACUUACUUUUUUUUCUUCUUUUUUAGGAUCAGUACUUUCAUUUAAAUGACUUUGGAGAAAAUAAACAACAUUCCUAUAUUGCAGUCAACUCUGUCUGCGCACCACCCCUCCACAGACAGACAGACAAACAAACAAACAGGUGACACUAAUCACCUGUCAGAGUCAACUGGACUAAACCUAAACUACAGUCAUCUAACACGGGAUUUCACCUUCAAAAAUAUUAACUGUUCAUUCACAGACAAACAGACCUCUUUGUCCGGGUUAAACUGCACCUCCUGUACGUUACUUUGACGCGCUAAACACAAACAAACACUGACCAGACCGACGAUCACGGUUAGCCACGCGGCUAACGCGAACCUGUGUUGACAACCCUAGGAGUGUUUGUUUGUAUGUUUGUUACUGACCUCAUGAGUGACACCAAAUCACGCUUCCUCGCGUCGUUUCAUCCGCUCUACAUUAAUGAUGACUCCAUUCUCAAAAAGCCCUCAUUUUCAUGCAUCACACAAGUUAUUCCCCAUCCUGUAGUCGAUGCGGCGGCUCGGCUCCUGUUCACCGGAGUAGGCGGUGUCUGCAGAGCCGGAGAGCCCAGCAGACCCCACGGCCCUGUUGGCGCCCCUGCUGGACAGAGUAGGACAUUGCAUGACAAAUCCACAAACUGAAUCACGUGACGGCCCCUUCUUGCUUCUUUCUCGAAUGUUCUCGGCUUGAAUGGAGUGACGUCAUGAUCAAGUAUUACACGCGAAUCACGUUUUUUUUUUUUUGGGAAUUUAAAGACUGUUGUCUUGAAUUUGAAAUCAAUGUCAAUGUGACAGCUUCUGUUUAUGACAUUUUUCCACUACCCAUUUUCCAUGAUCAUCUGAAAUGCACAUCAAAUCUCAGUCAAGCUAAUGCUACCAUUAGCUUGUCAGAUGUCAUAAAUGUACUAUUUGACUGAUAAACGAGCAUUAUAGUGAAUAAAACAGAAGUGCAAUGACUGAUAAUGUGCAUGAGAUUGCACAUGGAAAUAUACAAGAAAAACACACAAAAUAUCACAUUCAUCCAGCUCUGUAGGCACAACGGAUUGCACUCUGGUGGUCAAAAUCAUCACCAAGGAAUGAAAAGUAUAAAAGCAAGGCCAAUCCCUAUGAUAUCAAUUGAUAUUUGGGUAGAGAAAACCCACAAUAUUAUAGGUUGCCAGACAAUACAUAAAAAAUGAUAAGUACAAACUUGUUCUAUUAAUUCAAUCUAGAUUGAUAUCUAAAUAUGUCACUAUUACAAUACAUUUCAAACCCUUAAAGGGAAGAGGGCCAAGUCACAAGAACUGAACUUUCUUUAGAAAUUUCAAAGACUUCUUAUUUUCAUUCAAUAUAAUCAUUAUAAUCAUAUGUCACUGCAGUCACUUACUUACUUACUUACAUACAAAAAGGGAUGUGGAACAGCAGUUGAAAAGAGGGUUGUGGAUCUGUCACAGUUGUGUGGAGCUGCUUGGCUCUCCAGCUCUGCAGACAGGUGCAAUUGGGCUUCCUCCACCCACUGCUCCACCCUCCUUAGCCCACAGCAUCAAGAAAAAGUUCUCAGAAUUAAAGCCCAUAUCCACAGUAUUUACAAAGACAUUUUAAUUCAAUGAAAGAAAGAAAGGACAAACUUAGGGAAAUAUAUUCUAUUCAUUUUUAUAUAUGAACUACACAAAGACUAAGGUUUUACAUGUUGUUCAGUUUACUCAAAAUGUGAGACCAUUACCAUAAAACGACACUUUACAACAUAAGUAAGCAUGUAUGUAUGUGUGUAUGUAUGUAUGUAUGUAUGUAUGUAUGUAUGUAUGUAUGGACGUACGUACGUACGUACAUACAUACGUAUGUAUGUAUGUAUGUAUGUAUGUAUGUAUGUACGCACACAUGCGUGUAUGUAUGUAUGUAUUAUAGGAUAACUUCAUUUUCACAGCAUCAGCAAGUCUACAUAUCAGGAUACUAAGCCUGACAGCUGACAGUGAUGUUACCUUGCUGCAGCUGAGUCAACCUGUCCUCUGGACAAGCAUUCCAUCCCUGCCCGCUCCGAUCAAACACCAGACCAGGUACCGUGACUUGUCAGAGUCAGGGGGUUUGAGGAUCACCAUGGGGCAACCCAGAACAAGAUCAGAUCAGAUCAGCUCAUCCUUGCUGGUCCACCACAAGUUCAACAUCCCCUUGAUCGACUUGUCCGAGUGCUCCCCCAGCUCCGCCCUGUUGAACUUCAGCAGCAACUUGCUCUGUGCUGGGUACAUGGACGUCAACCGGCCCGGUUGUCAUGGAGUGUGCACACUGGUCACACGCUAUGGCUCCAUCCUUUUCCUGACUAGUGUGGUGGCCUGGAGACACAGCUUUUCAACACCUGGAAUUUAUGGGAUCUACACCAACAUGGUCAACUCUAGACUGGGUGGAGGGCAUCCUUAAAAACCUGCCCAACAUGUUGACAGCCAAGGAGAAGCCAGUAGAGAUGCCUCUUGACAUGCUGUAACAGAGGCACAUUUAAAAAAAACAUAUAUUAAAAUCAACCUGAAAUUUUUUUUUUUUUCUAUCUCAGCAAUCUUUUAUUUCUUUAAAGUGCUUCAAGUUUUCACUUUCCUUGUUCAGGUUUCCGAAAAAGGAAAUAUUCGCAUCUCAGUUUGUUCGAUUGAACAAAGAGGUCAAGGAUCACACAUCACUGCAGAUCAUGUUUUGCAUGUCAAAUAAAAUGCUCCUCAGUUUUACUGGGAUCAUGUUUCUGAAUUAACAAUGGACAGGUGGAGGUAACCGUGUUCAGUUUUCUAGUCCGAUAUUAAAUCUACAUGGAUGAGGGACCUUUCACUACUUCACACACUACUACACUGCAUACUACUACAUAUAUCUGAGAGUUACUUUUCUACUUCAUCUGCAGCUGAUCAGUUUCAACAUGCAGUUGAACGCUCAGCCCCAUGAUCUGAUUGGCUACAGAGCAGGAAGUGCUUUUGGACAUGAUUAGCUGAAUAACAGGAGCUGACCCUUUCACCUCAGUUUUGCUCAGUUCCUGUAAAUCUCCCCUCCUCUCUCUCCCUCUGACACCCCCUCAACUGCAGGUGAAGCACUGCCAACAAAUUCAGGAAUCACAUCAGGAGAUCAAUUCCUGCUUCUCCGUGUCCCUGUGUGUACCUGUGUGUUCCUGUGUGUUUGUUACACAGACCCUCCCAUUAUUAAUCAUUCACUCUGUUUACAGCAGCUGAUCUACUUAAAUCUUUGAUAUUCUGGUUCUAUGGUAAUAUCUAUUUACUCUGGUUCACAGUCCAAAGAUACUCUUAAAUAUUUGAUUACUUGAAAAAAUCCUUAUCAGCAAUCAGAGUCUUUGAACUAACUUACAUAUGAAUAAAUGUCAAAGUGACAGGCUUUGUGUAGGACAUUAUUCCCCCUAUCCAUUUUGCAUGAUAAUCUGAAAUGCAUAUCAAAUCAUAUACAUAUAAAAGUCAUAUACAUAGAACUUAUGUAUAUAUAGAAAUAAUAAUAAAUAAUAAAUAUAUAGCAGCAAAUAUAUAUAUAUAUAUAUAUAUAUAUAUAUAUAUAUAUAUAUAUAUAUAUACUCAACUUAACUUUAUUUGUAAAGCACUUUAAAACAACCACAGCUGAACAAAGUGCUGUACAUAAAUAGACACAACAACGCAGACGUAAAAAACAAUCAAUGGAUAAAAUAAAAGCACAAUUAAAAAGUAAAAUAUAGUUUCAAUGUUUGUAUAAAACAUAUAAACAUAUAUGUGUAUAUAUAUAUAUGUGUGUGUGUGUAUAUGAUUACACACACACACACAAACAUAUAUAUAUAUAUAUACAUAUAGACAUACAUAUGGAUAGAUGGAUGGAUAGAUAGAUAGACAACAUUAAACAGUUUAUUUCUUAUCCUUUUCAUAUUCCUUUUUUUACAUUACACCUUUUCUAUUUAUCUCUUUUCUGAGUCAAGUUCGUGGACAAUUUAUCUCAUUGUGUGUCUGUCCUUUUUUCUUUUGUUUAAGAGUCUCAAAGAUUUUAACUUCCUUUUUCACACAUUAAUAAAUCAUCUUUUUUAUCGCAUUCACGGUGAAGCUGAUCAAGAGUUAUAGCAGUAGCUUCUCUUUUCAGCUUCAGUGUCUCAGCAGAAAUGUAACAAAAAGCCCCGCCCACUCUGAUCACUGCAACCCCAACAUCUCUCUCCCUCCCUCCCUCUCCCUCUCCCUCCCUCCCUCCCUCCCUGUUCAUACAGGUCGUUACCCUCUCUUCCACCUCCACAUUCAGACUCCAUUACUUACACACAGAUCACUGAGGUUUCUCCGGUUGCGCUCACAUUCAUCCGGGGCCAUGAUGUGGUUUCUGCGUCUGUCUGUGGGCCUCCUGCUGCUCCACCUGGCUGCUGUGAACACAGGUAAGUCCUCUGAGAUGAAGAUAAGAAAAAGAAGAAAGAGAAGGAGUGAGGAAUAACAUGGAGAUAAAGCAAGAGGGAAGGAUACACAAACAUGUUGUGUGUGUGAGAGAGAGAGAGAGAGGUUCAAGAAUUGAGCUGGAUUCAAGAAUCUUGACCUGCUGCUAUUUAUACAAAAAAUUUUAGGAUACUGUGAAUGCUGUGGGAUUCAACCUCCAAGCACCUAUUCCAAAUAAUCAACUGACAAUAUUUGAAGUAACACCGAUGAUGGCAUCAAAGACAAGUCACAGUAUAAUCUCAGUCUCAACAGAUCAUCCUCUGGGCACCAUGAAUACCUCAACCUUAGAUGAAGGUACAGUAUAUAAGGGACAUAUAUGAGUCAUUUUUGCAUUCCUGUUUCCUCACCAGUCUUUUUAGACGGAAAAACAGCCAAUCAGGUUCUGAACCGUCACAGAAGAGCCAACAGCUUCUUCGAGGAGGUCAAACAAGGCGACAUGGAGAGGGAGUGUGUAGAGGAGCCGUGCGACUGGGAGGAGGCGCGGGAGAUUUUUGAAGACAAGGAGCAAACUGUAAAACUCCCUGAAACAAUGCAACAAAACACCUCAAUCAAACAUAGUCCAUCAGAACCAGAUACCAUUAAAACACCUGACCUGUUAGCUGUUAUCGCAGAGACAAACUCGAACUAAAGUCAACAAACAUUCUUCAAAUCUUUUACUUUUACAUAAGAACAUUCAGCAAUCUUAAUCUGUGAAGAGCAGGAACACUCGGGCAUCAGGUCGACCGUGAUGGUUCACAUUUCAAUACCCCCAUUUUCACCUUAACACCCACACAAUACCUCAAUAACACUACCUAGAUAUGCACACGCUCUUAUCUGAAAAAUUCUCAUGAAAUCUCAACUUGUUUUCAACUUGUUUUUUUUUUUCCUUUCUAGGAUGAAUUCUGGGCUAAAUAUGCUGGUAAGAAUCAUAUAAUCAUUACAUGAAAAGCGAAUGAGAGCGUGUUCUUGGAAGGUGGUAUGUCGGGUGAUGAUGGCCUAGUAAACAACCCCAGAUCUAUCUUGGUAAAGUCCCCUACGCCGUGAACAAUCUUCUCCACUGAUUGAGUGUGUUCGUCCUGCAGAUGGUGAUGCCUGUGAAUCUCAGCCCUGUUCUUUUAAUGGAAUUUGCAAAGAUGGACUCGGCGGAUACACCUGCUUCUGCCAGCCUGGGUACAGGGGCUACAACUGUGAAAUCGGUACGAUCGUGCUUCCUACCUACUCGGCUACCGCAAUAACCGUUGUUCUAAUCUACAUUUGACAUUUUUGUUCUUGUUCGUGAUACACUUAAAUCGGGGGGGAAUUUCAGACGAGGACAUGUCAUCCAAUACGGGGACUGUCCUUGGAAAUCGGCGACAUCCCCUCUGUCAGUGCUCUUGUUUGAAAUCCCUGUUUGUGACCGUGUUCCCUCUGUCCUUUCAGUCAUUCCUCAGCUCUGUCAGAAUGAAAAUGGAGGCUGCCAUCACUUCUGCCACGCUGUCAGAAAAGAUGUGAAAUGUUCCUGCGCUGAUAAAUAUUACCUGAGAUCAGACAACAAGUCCUGCUACUCCAACGGUGAGAAGGACUCUGCCGACCACAUGAUCUCACUACAGUCCAGCUGUAUCGUAUGUCUCUCAGGUUUUAAUGCUCAAAACUUCUCUUGCAGAAACCUUCAAAUGUGGUGCCAUCGUCAUCAGAAAUAUCCAAAGUCUCUUGAGGUUCGAGUGGGGGAACACCACUAAACCGGCAACCAACCUGACAGAUCUCAACACCAACUCUACACACCUGGAAAAUGACAACCUAACAUCAUCUCAGAACAGCACUGACCUCCUCUUACAACAGACAAUUUUGCCCAAAGAGAUGGUACACGAGCAACGCCGCACCUCACAAAGGGCAACCAUGACUCGCAUCGUGGGUGGGCCGGAAUGUCCGCCCGGAGAUUGCCCGUGGCAGGUAACCGCAGAAGAGAAACACUUCACAACUUUUUCACAGUAUCCCAGUCAUGAAUCUGAGGUGUCAUCAUGAGUAGGUAGUAACUUGGAGUUAUUAAAUAAUUAGUGAGUUUCUCCAUUGGCGUCACAGUCAGCACAGAAAGUCUUUAGAACACAUUUGAGAAGAAAUGCUUCGGUUACAGUUAAAACUACCUUCAACUGAUGGAUAACGUGGUUGUUUAGUAGUUUACCUAAUUUACCUGUCAACAAUUUACUAGUAGUUGAUUGCUAAUUAACACUUAAUAACCUUGCUAAAUGGUUACUUUGUCCACCUGUUUACUAAUUAAGUUCUGGAAAUGUAACUGAGGUCAAUAACGAAAAAUGCAGAGGCGGAAAAACACCGUCAAAGAGUUCACCUCUCUCUGUAGACUCAGGACUCCGGGGAGUUUUUGCUGUGAAACUAUCUCUGACUUUAGAGGGAACAAGUCCGUGGGAUGGUCCUGACAGGAUUUUGUUCUGUUAAAUCUUCACAGGCUCUUCUGGUGAACGAGGAAAACGUUGGCUUCUGUGGGGGAACCAUCCUGAAUGAAUACAUCAUCCUGACGGCUGCCCACUGCAUGAACCGAACACGCUUCUUCACGGUCAAGCUCGGUAGGUUGUUCUGCAGGACGUCCACGUGUUUCCUGAACGAGGCCGUUCAUUCCGUGAUGGUCGACUAAAAUCUGUCUCUGCUUAUUCAGGUGAGUUCAAUGUCUUAGAGGAAAGCGAUGAUGAAGUUGUCCACCAGGUGGAGACAAUUGUCAUCCACAGAGAAUACCGACCGGACACCUACAACAACGACAUUGCGCUCCUCAAAUUGAUCAAGCCCAUCAAGUUUACCGGGUUCAUCCUGCCGGCCUGCAUACCUGAGAGUGACUUCGCAGAAGAGGUGAAACUCAAACAGUUCCUUUAAACUUUAAACAUUCAUGAGGCAACAAAUCGUAAACAUAAAGAAGCAAAAUGUAGUCCCGUUUCUGGUCUGUUGGUAAGCCAAGCUGAAGUUGACCAAUCUUCUCAUCUCAUACAAACAUUGAGCGUCACAUGGCAAAUCCAAGUAAAUUUACAUUUUCUAUAACACAGCGUGAUCGAAUACAUUUCCGAUUUUUCCUACAGGUCUUGAUGAAACAACCAUAUGGGAUGGUUAGUGGUUUUGGUCAUCUAAGUGAGGGUCAGCAGCCCUCUCCCAUCUUACAGCGUCUUGCCGUCCCUUUUGUGGAUCGGCUCACCUGCUUGGAGUCCACCCAGCUACGUAUCUCCAGCCGCAUGUUCUGCGCCGGCUAUGAUGAAGUGUCCAAAGAUGCUUGCCAAGGGGACGGCGGUGGACCGCAUGUCACUCCGUACAAAGACACAUACUUCGUCACUGGUGUCGUGAGCUGGGGCGAAGGCUGCGCUCGGAGCGGCAAAUACGGGAUCUACACCCAAGUGUCCAAAUUCAUCCACUGGAUCAGACACGGCAUCGAUAAGCUGCUGGCCACAGAGACCAACGGGAACCGGCGGAAGCAGAACACCGGUCAGAUCCAGAGGCUAGUUCUGUAG